ACCCGCCUUAAGGUCAUACUGAACUUGUGUAUUUCGAAAAAACGUGCGGAUUUCUUGAAGAUAUUUUGAUAAUCAAAUCGUUUCUCCUUGUCAACUCCAAAUCCUCAACAAAAUGGGUGGCCAAGGAAAGGCGAUCAACAGGAAGCGCAAGUUUGUGGGCCGCAAGGCGGAUGAUCCAGAAUUCGAUCUGGACAAGAAACAAUUCAAGGUGCUCCAUUUGAAUGCCACCGAGAAGCGGCUAAUAAUCGUUUUGGAAGGUGCCCAGCUGGAGACAGUCAAGGUACACAACACCUUCGAGUUGCUGAAUUGCGAUGAUCAUGCUGGUAUUAUGCGUAAAAACCAAAGGGAUCCGGGAUCAUGUCGUCCGGAUAUCACCCAUCAGUGCCUAUUGAUGCUCUUCGAUUCUCCACUAAAUCGUGCUGGUCUUCUCCAGGUUUUCGUACGAACGGAACACAAUGUCCUGAUCGAAAUCAAUCCACAGACCCGUAUUCCUAGGACAUUUAAACGUUUUGCUGGUUUAAUGGUCCAAUUACUGCACAAGUUCCAAAUCCGUGCCAAUGACUCGUCUCGACGAUUGAUGAGUGUGAUCAAAAAUCCCGUCACAGAUCAUGUCCCGGUCGGUUGCAAAAAAUACGCCAUGAGUUUCUCUGGUAAACUUUUGCCCAAUUGCCGGGAUUUGGUGCCACAUGGCGAGGAAGGCACCGCCAGUUAUGAUGAACCCGUGGUCAUUGUCAUCGGAGCCUUCGCACAUGGCGUUCUAAAGACGGACUACACAGAGGAAUUGUUCUCCAUCAGCAACUAUCCACUUUCGGCGGCCAUCGCGUGCUCUAAAAUAUGCUCUGCCUUCGAGGAGGUAUGGGGCGUCGUCUAGGUUGUGUUUAUAGUUAAGUCAUAGCUAGUAGUUAGUCCAUAUAUCUAUUUUUUUGAUUGGUUCCCAUUAAAUUUG